CUUGAUCCGAAAUGGAUCACGCCAGAUGUGACAACAUCUGAAGCUUUCGUCCUGAGAAGGACGGGGGGAGUGCGGAUCUUGAAACAGGACGCACAAAACGAGAAGUGUACAACUAGGUGCACUAAACCAGGCUUAACUGCCUUCGUGUUUGGCUCAAGAAAACAAAGACCGCUUUUCGUGAAGCAUGAAAUCAAUUCCAGGGUGCCCACGGAUAGCUGUUUAGAGUCUGGAGAAUUGUUCGUGGCAAUAUGUUACACUCCCGAAAACUAACAUGGACCCUGAGGAUGGCACCCUGAAAGACUGUUUCCUCUACAGACCAUUGGUUUUCAGUUUUCGGCGGGGUAGAUAUAAGAAUAAUGUGUCCAAAUAUCAUUGAAAAAAGGCAUCAACCUACAGUCCUAGAGUCUCCGAAUGUAGUACUAAGGGACCUUUGAUGAAUUGAAUUGUUGUGAUUACCAAACAUCUUUGAAGGGGAUAAGAAAACUAUAGAAAACUAUACAAACACAUGCACUGGGACCGGAGAACUGUUUAUUAUUUCCAGUGUGAACAUGUCCAAAGGUUUGGAACAAUUUCUGCCAAGACUUUGUAUUCUUUCAUCCCACUCGACAAAUCAGGAUCAAGCAUUCUUAGUCUUCAGUCAGCUCAGGAAAUCUGGUCGAUAUGGAGUGCGACGUAGUUUGAACACAGCGGCUUCUUUGGCAGUUUGCUCCCAAGUUACAUUGAGAUGGUUCAGGAUGUGCCGAAGGCCCUUGCCGUCCGCAUCCCUUCCAUUACGCGCGCGUGGGGUGUGUGCUUUAGCCGUGGACGAUGGGGCUGGGUCAGCUGAGCAACCAGGCAGCCAACCUGGCAGCUUCGAUUCUAGGGAUGAGCCCCUGAAGCACUGGGAGCUUCAGAUCCACGCCCUUGUGGUGGUGAUGAUAAGCAUGGAACAUGUGACAUCAGCUGAUUUGCGGGGUGAGACAUGCAGGUUAGCACGCUACGCUGACUGGGGCUAUUAUGGCCAAUGGGCAGUCGCUUUAGCAAAGGUUUUGCUUCGAAAUGGCCUUCUAAGUGUUUCAAUGUUGCUGCCAGCCUUAGGAGUUUCAAGAACUGUCAGCUGUAAGGCGCAGGAAUUUCAAGUCGGACAACGCGUUCGCGUCAAGCGAAGUCUGAGGGGCAAGCCACCAUCUAGCUGGCGUCGGCCACACUUGCCUGUUCCUGGCACGUUGGAUGGUGCCUGCGGCGAGGUUGCUGAGAUUCUGCAACCGAGAUCGGAUCCGGUGUUUUUCAUAUUCUGUUCCGAGCUUGGGGUCCAAGUGCCGGCAGAAAUCUGCUACACUGUGAAAUUCGCAUUGGCUGACAUAUCUCCUGGCCACCUGGAAUCGCCAAAUCCGCCCAAGGGCAGUAUCCGAGUGGAGGUUUUUGAAAGCUGGCUCCAGCAAGACGACCAAGGCGAGAAAGAGCUCCAAACUUUGGAAGCAAAGAGCUCAAAGAGCAGCUCAAAAGGUCCGAAGCGUAGAUCUUUGAAACAAAGCCUGAAGACUUUAACACAGGAGAUGCAUGACCUCCACUCUGAACUGGUCAGCCAAAGACGGCAAAAUAAAUCACUGCCAGCUGCUAAGCAUUCUCAUCUUCAACGUUCAGAAGUAGAGCAAGCUGCAAUUGACAAGGAGGGGGCUGAAACGCCAGGACAGCGGUUGACUGAGGCCUUGAUCGAAGUUUUGACUAGCAGUGGGAUUAUGGGGAAAGCAGCGCUUUCUAAAGCUAUGGAAGUGAUCGAUUCCUUGGGAAUGCAACCUUUGGGGCCUCGCAUAGUUGCCCGUGCUUGGAGCGACGAGGAAUUCAAAAGACAGCUCUUGGACAAUGCCAAUGAAGCUAUCCAGUCUUUAGAUUCAUUGAACCUCGAGAAGGAUCGUUUCAGCCAUGUGAAAGUGAAGGUGGUUGAAUCCACAGAUGCGGUGCACAAUCUGGUGGUUUGCACUCUUUGCUCUUGCUAUCCUGUCAGCCUUUUGGGGCUGUCCCCAUCAUGGUACAAGUCGCAAGAGUAUCGUCUUCACGCUGUUGAGAGGCCUAGGGAGCUCCUAAAGGAGUCAUUUGGAUUGGAGAUCCCGCCCAAGGUCGAAAUCCGGGUCUUUGAUUCGAACUCAGACUUGCGCUUCUUCGUUCUACCUAGACGGCCUUCAAACACUGAGGGAUGGUCUGAGGAGGAGCUGAUGAAUUUGGUGACCCGAGAUUCAAUGAUUGGUGUGGCGAUGCCCACGGUACCCGAACUCUGAAAAGAACGCACUUGGAGGGG